AUGCAUACCACAAACGACUAUCCCCCAGUCGAAGUCGACAAUGAGAUCAAGGGAAGAUUGGCCUUGAUCACUGGAGCUUCUGGAGGUAUUGGAGCCGCAUGUGCACGACAACUCGCAGCUCAGGGUGUGCAUCUCGCACUUACUUACGCAUCAAAUCUGAAGUCAUGUCAAAGACUUGCUGAUGAGCUCAAGAGUGAGCCAGCAAAUGCGGAUCUCAAGAUUACUAUCCACAAAGCAGAUCUCGCCAGCAUUGAAGAGACCACAGCACUUUGCCCAGAGGUUGUCAAGCAACACGGACGAGUAAUCGAUAUUCUGGUAUCCAAUGCUGGAUAUGGUGUCAGGAUCCAGAACGUGUGGGAGAUUCCUUUGGAAGAAUUCGAGCACACCAUCAACGUCAAUCUCAGAGCUACAUUCUUGCUUGUAAAGGGUGUUGUCGAAGGCAUGAGAGAUCAGAGAUGGGGCAGAAUGAUCUUCAUUUCCAGUAUCGCAGCCUAUGGUGCUGGUAUCAAUGGAUGCCGUAAGUCGAGCUUCCUCACACCAACGAUACUGUUGUCUGACUGUUCAACCCAGAUUNACGCUGCUUCCAAGGGUGGAUUGCAAUCAAUGAUGAAGAAUCUCUCUUCUCGCUUGGCACCUUACAACAUCUCGGUCAAUGAUGUUAGUCCUGCAAUGGUGGGAAGUACUGGUCUGUUACCUUCUGCCGACAGCGUUCCUGGAGUCGUCGACAAUAUCCCACUGCAGCGUCUCUGUGCCCCUGAAGAGGUUGCAAAUGUUGUUUCUAUGUACUGCAAGACUGGAUUUGCCACUGUAAGUAAACAACUUGACGUCUCGUGCUGUUACUACUGCUCACACUCAUUAGNNGGUCAGUCAUUGGUGGUCGGCGGAGGGCUACGAUAA